ACACACACACACACACACACACACACACACACACACACGCACACACACACACACACUUGAAUUUACAUGUCAGUUAUAAUGCAAAGCUGGGUACAGGCUGACGAGACAAGCAGGAAGACCCACCCCCUCUGCAGAACAGUUAGCAGACCCUCCUGGCCGAGGUGAUAGUGGUUGCAGUUGCUGCUUCUACACACACAGACGUGCACAACGCCUGCCUGUUUGUUUUCCUCAAGACUGGAUAGAUGACUCUGCAGGGGCCUCGCUAGAGAUGGAUGCUUAGUUUGACCAGGCAAACAACCCACUGACAGAACCUCUCAGGGGUCAUGAGACAUUUCUUCCUUUCAUUUCUAUAUAAUUUGACCACCUGGAGUUCGGCCCCAUCCUGCCUUCACCUAUGCUUGCAGGACCAUGGGUAGUGUCAGCAGCGUCAUUACUGGCAACAGCCUCAAUAACAAACACUGCAAGGCAUCUGAGUACAGGUUAAAGGAAGGAACAAACCACCACAGAAAGAGCGGAGGUUGCAGCCUUGACGGCCUACUGAAGUGUGGCUUCGCUCAGAGCUCCACUCAUCCUUCUAAGGGCCUCUCCCACUCACGGUCGGGAAGAAGUGAAGAUUUCUUUUACAUCAAGGUGAGCCAUAAACCGAGGUCAGCAUACCACAGAGAAAGAUCAAUGGAGGAGCGAGUGAACAAAGAUGGGGAAUCAGAUGGGCGACUGCAACCAAAACUGCUGCUCAUGUCGGGAAAAAAUAAGGAGAAGACCUCUGCUGAGAAGUCAUUGGUCCGUUCCACUGCCUUCAAGCCCGUGAAUCCCACAAGGACUGUGUCCACAGAGACGGGCCACAACAGCCUGGACCACAUCCUUUAUCCUCUGAAGAGAGCGAGCAGUCCAAAUAUUAGACACAAGCAAGAUACCUUAGGGACUCUGUCCGACUCCGGGCGUAACUCUAUGUCUAGCCUGCCCACCCACAGCACCAGCGGCAGCCUAAGUGCUUCCACAGGCCCUGUCAGUCACAGCGAUGGCAGCUCAGCUCUCGCAAACAGCCUCAGCAAGGGAGCACAAUCCAAUUUCCCUCCAUGGGUCAACGGAAACAGCACUAACCUUGACUGUAGUUACGGGGCUGGUUUAAACAGCAGCGGGCUGGCAUCUAAGGCUAAUGAGGAUGCUGGCUCCCCAUUCUCUACAGAUGAGCCAAGCUCUCUCUCUGAAACUGCAGGUGGGAUUCAGUCCCCCAUUACUACAGAUGAGUCACUGAUUGAACGUUUGGAACAAAGGCUGCUGGAGAGAGAAACUGAACUGCAGGAGCUACAGGUGAGUUUUGAGGAGAAGGAGAUAGACACCUGCCAGCUGUUUGAGGAAAGACAAAGGUAUUGUGCUGAGGAGAUGGAGGGGCUGAAGCAGCGAUGCUCCACGAAGCUACGACAAGUGUCCCAAAUGGCCGCAAAGACACAUCAAGCACUCCAGCUGCAGGUCACCCAGCUCCAGGCAGAGAAGGAAAGGCUUCAGGAAGAUGUCUUCAAGUUGACGCAAGAGAAAGACCUUGUCCAGCUCAGACUAAGAUCAUAUGAGACACAGAGCACACAACUCGCUCCAACACUCGAGGAAACUCAGUGGGAGGUAUGCCAGAAGACCGGAGAGAUCUCACUGUUGAAGCAGCAGCUAAGAGACUGCCAAGCAGAUGUCAGCCACAAGCUAAAUGAGAUAGUCACCCUCAGGGCGUCACUGAAGGGAAACACGGCAAAAAUGGAGAUGCUGGAGAAGCAGAAUAAAGACCAUGAGGACAAACUCCACUCUCGCACCAUAGAAGUUGAGGUGUGCCAAAAUGAACUCCAGCGCAAAAAGAAUGAGGCUGAUUUUCUGAGAGAGAAAGUGGGCAAACUGGAGAAAGACAUUCAGGGAAUGAAGCAGGAAGUGGCCACGGCCAAACAGCAGAGGCUGCAGCAUGGUUUGCAACUCGAUGCCCUUUCCCCAACGCAGGCCUUGGAAAGACUAAUCCAAGGUCCAGACUCCCCCGACCAGGGCCAGACGGAGGAGAACAGGGAACACAUCCCCACAGAAUCACUCCAAAGGCAAGUGGAGAGACUAAAGCAGCAGCUCAGGGAGGAGAAAAACGCUCAAGAGAAGCUGGCCAGCAGCUUCGAGCAAGAAAAGCAGACGUGGAACAAGGAGAAAGACAGGGUCAUCAAGUACCAGAAGCAGCUCCAGAUCAACUACCUGCAGAUGCAUAAGAAGAACCAGGAUCUGGAGAGGAUCCUGAAGGAGCUGACGGCUGAACUAGAAAGCCGAACGGAGCUCGGCAUGGACAUGACCUACAGCUCAGGGUUACAAACUUAUGACGAUGUCAUAGCCACAGAGAUUUGAAGGGAGCACUCACUCGCAUGCUUUCUGUAAAUGUGAUACUGGAUCUUGCCUAUUUUUUUCGCCACAGAUAAUUAUCUGUCUAGACGUCACACAACAUCACAGCAACAGGAGCUCAUGCACUGUUUUACAGGGGUUAUUUAAUAGAAUGUGCAUAAUGUAGAGGUUUUUGUGUCCAGGACACGAAAACAGUACUAAAAAUAGCGUUUGGUGAAGGCACUGUUACUACCUAUUUUAAAGUAAGUUAUUAAAUGUUCAAAUGAGAUUGUUUUUUAAAACAUGUUGUCUAACAGAAUCACUUCACAUUCAAAUCAUCCACGAUGUUGUAAUUUAAAUACCAUUUAUUAGCUGAUAAUUGAUACAGACCAGAUAACAGCUGACUUAGCUGUUCCAUGAUGAAUGUCUGAUGGUAACACAUGAUAAGCAUGAUAGUUGCUGAGCAUCUGUCUCUUCCAGCAUGACACAAUGACAGUGAUAUAUCAUCUAUUGUGAGUGUAGCUUCCUAAAUCUUGGCCACUGUAUGCUCCCACAAUGUCUAUUCUUAAAGGGUUAGAGCAUGGCAAGUAGUUUUAAACCAUUCCAUUAGUCAUUUUAAAACAUUUUUUAAGUUGUCAAUAUAAUUACUAGUCACACAAAUGUUAAAAAAAAAAAAGAAAAAAGAAAGUUCCAUUUCAAAUGUUCCACUUCAAAAUACACACAGAAAUCUUGUUAGGCUCUCAUGCAGUUUCACCCUUUAAACAUAUUAUGCAAAGAGACAAACAGUGAAGUUAAUAUAUUUUAUUAAAAAUGUCAGUAUAUUUUUGUCACUCUGCAGAUCUUGUGAAAUUGAAGUUUUGUUACCAAGAAUAUUUCAAUCAUUACUGAAUUCAUCUUGCAAGGCUUUGCCAAUGAAAGUGCCAUAUAAAGUCCUAAAUUAACUUCUACAACAACAUCACUCCAAUGAACACAUAUAUUUUUUAAUAUAUUUGUCUAUGCUUGUUUACGAUGGCCAAUACCACAAACACAAAGCAAGGACUGAAAUGCUGGAUCAGUGAACUGUGAAUAGUUUGUAUUUAAGCAAAUCUUCUGUCUGCAUAUAUAAAACAGAACGCUGGGACAUGGAAUAUGCCUUCAUAACUCCUGCUAGGUUCAAGAAUAAACAUAAUGCAGUGCAAUAUACACCAGAGAACCCUUCAAACAGAAGCCAAGGGCAAAUGUUGACAUUCACUUGGUGUUCUGUGAGUGUUUAGAGGGAGAGGGAUUAAAAAGGGCUGGAUGGUAUACAAUAAAAGCAAAUAUUUUAGGAGAAAAAAACAAAGGGAAAAAGGGUAAUCAUCCAGUAGUGUCUAUCUCUCUCCCUACACUGUUCAUUCAACUUUGCAAAAGUUAGCUGGCACAGCUCCACUUGGAGACAAACAAUCCUUCCUAGCAGCAGCCCCGGCCAUUUGGAUCUACUAUUUUGGAGCUAUUCCACUUCCCACAAGGGAAAAAGUAGUUUGGGAAGCAAAAGUUUAACUACUCCACCUACUCAGUACUCAGGGGCUCACAUAGACAGUCUGUCAGGCUGAGGUAUACGCAGACGCAGCGCUGGUCAAGAAUGUGCAGCAAUCUGUGUGACGAGGCUGCUUGAGAUUGCUCAGCUACCCACCAUUAUGUUACAUUACCAGAGCAGGUCAGGAGGACUUUGGAAGCAGACAGACUUAGUGGAAUCUAAGGUGAGGUACUGUAACCAGUGGCACUCAGGCUCAAGUGACUGAUAAGUGCUUCCAUCCUUUACUCUGGGCCUAAACUCAGAGAAGUGGUUAAAUAGGGAAGUAGCAAAAGGACAGUUAAUAUUGCAGCUAUGGUACCAGUAAAGGAAAAAGAAUGCUUGAAAUCCAAUAUGUUAAAAAAUAAAUCAAUCAAAUGUAGAGGACCUUGUAUACCUUGGGCAAAACCCCCUCAGUGAAUUGGUCUGUGCGCUGAAAUAGAAUUGGAAAUGAGUGCCAACAAACAAACAAGGGUACAAAUGCGUAGGUGAUUUGAAAAGCAACAAAUGUUUGUCAUUUGUGCAUCGCUGCACAACACUUUUGCUCAUUUACUCUCCUCUAUUCUGUUGAUGUAAAAGUGAAUUUUUCAUCUAUUCACUGAGGCGUUUUAUAUCCAACCCCCCCCCCCAAAAAAAAAAGGAUGAGCAUUUUUAUCUGUAUUCCAACAUCAGCAAUCAUUGUAUUUGGUCUAAUCUGCAUUCUGCUUGCUUUUGAUGAUCACUCAAACCAUCCUUUAAUCCACUCCUAGUUGAAAGGUAUAUGGAUGAAUACUUUUGAUUAACUACACCACACUAGACACUGUGCUGCAGUUAUUAAUGUAUAGAGGUGUUAGAUGUAGAAAAUAAAUGUCAACCGAUACUACUAUUUAUAACACAACUUGACGAGUAAAUGCUGGAUUUAGACUCAGAAAUAAAUAUGACUGCUGUUGAUAUGUAUUCAAAGCUGUCUUCAACUGCA